CGCAGCCUCAACACCUCAUUUUUGUCGAUUGCGAGCUAGUUGAUACUGCAUACUCGGAACGAAUUACAUUAAUAUGUCGGCUGUCUCCCCAUUUCUCGAUCCUGGCCCUCGGACGACAUUAAAUACAUUGGUUCUAGCUCAUCUAUCUCGAGAUAGCAUUCAGCCUAUUUACUUAAGAGAAGCUUCUGGUACAACUGACGGAUAUGUUGAAGGGCCAGUUUUAAAUACGCGAUUUGGCUCAUUUCCAUAUUCAACUUUACUCGAUAAGCCUUGGGGUUCGCAGAUACGCGCCUCGGUCGUGGACACCGGCUCUAGAGGUAGAAAGCUGAAACUUGAAAGCAGCGCAAAUGGCGAAAGGCUAGAUAAUAGUACAGAGGAUGUUGUAUCGAGCACAGCGGCGGCCAAGGACGUCAAGACGGCACCAAGUGGUUUCGUCCACAUUCUACCUCCUACCCCUGAGUUAUGGACAACGAGUUUACCACAUCGAACUCAAGUAGUAUAUACACCUGACUACAGCUACAUUCUUCACCGGAUCCGCGCUCGUCCUGGUAUGAAAAUAAUCGAGGCUGGAGCGGGGAGCGGUAGUUUUACGCACGCUUCCGCCAGGGCCGUUUAUAAUGGUUACCCCAAAGGCGCAGACGAUGCGAAGGGCAAAGUUUUCAGUUUCGAGUUUCACCAAGAUCGAUAUCAGAAGAUGCAAAAGGAAAUUGAGGAUCAUCGCUUAGAUGGAAUCGUUCAGAUUACCCACAGAGAUGUCUAUAAUGAUGGCUUUCUUGUCGACGGCGAAAGUCCCGGAGCUGAAUGCGUCUUCCUCGACCUACCAGCACCUUGGAAGGCACUUCCCCAUCUAGCGAGAAGCAGACCAACACCCUCUCAACUCUCAAGCAGCGGACUAGAUGAUCUUCAAGAUACUGGAUCUGAAUGGAAAUCCCCGCUUCGUCCGGAUCGGACUGCCUAUCUUUGCACUUUCUCCCCGUGCAUUGAACAAGUUACUAGGACCAUUGACGUCAUGCGCCGCUUAGGUUGGAUGGAAAUCGAAAUGGUUGAAGUUGCACAUAAAAGGAUAAAUGUCAUGCGAGAGCGGAUUGGGUUAAACUUACCCGCGGGGGAUCGAAAUGCGAGCCAGACAGCAGCAAACGUUGCAGAGGCUAUCGCCAAGUUACAGGAAGUCGAAGGUCGAAUCAAGAAUUUCCGCGGUCAAUCUCGUGACGACGAUGUUGAGAUGGGUGAAGAUGACGAGGCGACGGUCGAUAGCAAUCCUAUCGAUAGCAAUAAAACAUCUAUGCUAGGCAAUGAAGCCGAAAAUGCUCGAUCGGUUAAACCCUGGAUGAUAGGGAGAGUGAUUCAUCGGACAGAACCCGAGAUCAAGACGCAUACUUCAUAUCUCGUCUUCGCAUUGCUGCCGCAGGAAUGGACAGAAGCGCAAGAAGCGGCGGCUUUUGAAAAUUGGCCAUGCGGCCAGGAAAGCAAAGUUAUCGGAAAAUUAGAUAAGGAAGCGCGGAAACAAGAGAAGCGAGAAUUGCUCGAGGGAAAGAAGAGGAAGAAGGAUGCGGAUAGCAGAUCCGAAGCCGAGCGCCCUCUACCAAAGAAGAGUAAAACGCCAUAGAUGGAAAACUUAAGAUACAUAGAUAAAGCAUAUGAUACCCCGGCCUAUAUGGUCAUUAAAUUAAUCUGACACGAACUCCUAUUUGUCUCGAUAGUUAUAAGAUGUUGUAUAUUCUAAAGAGCAAAGCCUCGUAGCAAUAUUCUAAGUAACGCUAAACACCAAACGACGUCUUGCGUGAUAUGUUGGAAAUAUCACGACAGCCACGGCAAGUUACAAGAAU